GAUCCUGGGGGACCCUUCACUUGUGGGGCUGACGCCUUCGUGCGCAGUCUAGAGCCUGAGUGGAACACAGCUCCGGAUGUUAUGUCAAGUGUAAUAAAGAGAAGCCGGAUGCCCUCUAGGUUGGCCUGUGUGUGUGUGUGUGUGUGUGUGUGUGUGUGUGUGCGCGCGCGCGCGCGCACGUGUGUGUGCGCAUACAAACGAUGGCAGCCCAGGGACGGGGGUUGCCUCAGCCGACAUCGCCUCCAAAGCCAGGUUCCACUGUGCUGCUCUCAGCACCCCAUUUCUGUGCGUGGUGGCGGGGUUAAGGUUUGACUGGAGUGCGCAAACCCCGCCUCCAGGGGGCGCCCUGCAGGAGCGCGCACCACGUGGCCGGGAGCGCGUGCGCAUAGGACGCGAGGCCUGGGAGGUGGGCAGCCGACCUGGGUUUUCUGAGGGGAGCACAGGGCUGUGCGGCUGAAGAAGGCCGAGGAGGACAGCGGGCACAGGGGCACAGCGGUGCUGCCCUGCGCUCCCCCUACACGGCAUGUUACCCUGGCCGCCUCCACCGUGGGGCGUGGUCAAGGAGGCAGCGGCGGAACCAGGCCCUUCCAUGGGCAGUGACCAGGGCGAGGCUUGGAGCUCUGAAGAGGAAGCCCUACGAGAGUCAGGAACACCCCCCCAGGACAGGCGGCAGCUCCAACCCCUCAGUUCUUCCUGGACCCAGAGAGAGCAGCUGCUGCCAUGCCACUCCCCAGGCCUGGCCACCGAGCAAGUCCUAAGAACCCCAGCUCCCCUUUCCCCCCAGAUGGCCUGGGAGGUGGCCCCCUCAAGGAUGACCCUGCUAGCACCCUGGGACCCCAACUACCACGCUAAAGCAGGACCUCGGUUGAUGUGGGAGGCCAGCUGUGGGUCUGGUGCCUCCUUCUCUAGCCGGACCUUGUGUCAUCCCUCAUUCUGGCCUCUGUAUGAAGCAGCCUCCAGCAGGGUCCUCAGGCCCCUAGCCCCUACAACAGGGCAUCAGAAUGGAGACAAUCAGGCACCCAGAGAUGCAGCAUUCUCCCCAGAGCUCCCAGUGAUGUGCCAUGAGGAUAUCUUUCUCUCAGACCCUCUGCUACCCUGUGGACAGCGUGUUCCUCUGUACCUGUCUGAGGCCCCUCAGCAGGUGAUGGGCUCCAUGAAGCUACUGCUCCCACCCCCCGUCAUGUCACCCUGGGUCCACCCCACGCCAUCCCGGGGCCGCUCCACUGCCUGGCUCAGUGGGCCUGAGCUGAUCGCCCUCACUGGCCUGCUGCAGAUGAGCCAGGGGGAGCCCAGAUCCAGCUUAGCGUCUUCCUCAAUACCCUCUGCUGGCACCUCAGACCCUGUCUCUGACCACCCAGGUCCCAGUGAUGACCAGAGCUGUUUUCACUGCACUGACUCAUCUCUCCCAUGGGACCCAGACACCCAUUGUCCAUAGUCCCUCUGGAGUAGUGGGUCCCUCACCCCUCAGGCAAGUUCUCUUCACAAUAAAACAGUGUUGGUUUGCACAACAGGCUCCCUGUGGCUGAUGGAAGAGUAGGGCAUAGAGGCAGGGCUGGGAUCUCUUCCUUUAUGGCUGCAAUCCUCUCAAGUCCUUAUUGCUCAUUGCUACUCCCUAUAGUGGAGUGAGGGAAUCCAGCCACCUACGGCAUCUUAGGCUGACAGAGCAGGGCACCUUUAAUGAGUGGGUGGGUGGCCACAGUACAGUGCUGGGGCCCAAGGUAUAGGAAACAUCAGCUCCAUCAGCUCUGGGAAAGGAAGGAUUGUGUGAGCACGUGACUGGAAUUGGGAGAGGCAAGCUAAGGAGCAAGGGAAGGCAUGUCAUUUUUGGGAGGCAAUAUCAGUAAGGUCCCUGGUGCCCCCAUCCUUGUACUGAGGGCCCAGAGGUUCAGCGCUGGGGCUGGGUGGGGGUGUUCUUUGGCUCAAAGGAGACACACAAUGCAUUGCAGGUUUGUGGUUAGGGACAGACCAUGUCUUCAUCAGCAACAAGGUGACAGUUUAUCAGUGGAACUGCCAAAGCCAAGCUGAGACUCCAGUGUUUACCAUAUG